AUGGAAAUUCCACCGACAGAGGAAUAUAAAGUGUCUCUCAGUGAACCAGCAGCAUUUUCAGUGAGACAGAGGCAGAAACAACUCAAAGCAGAUGACAACCAUGACUAACAUGUCUUUGUUGGUGGUAUACCAUGACAACAUCACCCACCCCACAAUGAGCUCCAGUGCAUCAGUCAAUAUAUCGGACUGUGCAAUUGAAGAUGGCUUCCUUUCAAUCAUGUUGCCUAUUUUCUACACUAUUAUCUGUGUGAUUGGGCUGCUGAGCAACCUGUUGGCUUUGUGGGUGUUUUACUUCAACCAGAAGAAGGCAACGUCAAUCUCUACAUACAUGAAGCACCUGGCCCUGGCUGACCUCCUCUUGUUGCUCUGCCUUCCUUUCAGGAUCUCCUACCACAUCGGACAGUAUGCUUGGCUGGCUAAGUGCUACUUCUGCAAGAUCAUUGGGGCUUUCUUCUACAUCAACAUGUAUGUCAGCAUUGCAUUCCUUGUGCUGAUCAGCUUGGACCGCUAUUUAAAGAUCACCAGGCCUCUCCGCAAGUUCAGGAUCCACAACAUGAAAUGGAGUUCGUGUAUCUCCAUGGGCGUGUGGGUCUUCACAAUUCUGCUCAUGCUACCCUUUAUUGUGUUGAGCACCUUGAAAUCAAAAGGCCCGCAAUGCUUCAACUACAAGAAGCAAGAUUUACCAGCCGGUUCAAUGAACCUGGUCGCAGUCAUUUUUAUUUUCAUACUCUCGUUGCUUUUCAUAGUAUCCUACACCAAGAUUGCUGUCAAGCUUUACAGAAUCUCCCUGGGGAAAAAAAGGGAGCAGAUCAGGAAAGUGAGGACCAGAGCCAUUUUGAAGACUUUUAUCGUUCUUGCGAUCUACAUUAUGUGUUUCAUGCCGUAUCACAUUGUCCGAAUCCCGUACGUUCUGUCACAGAUAGACAUAAUCUCCAGCUGCCAAUCGACGCAUAUCCUGCAUGUAGCCAACGAACUGGUGCUGUGUCUCUCUGCCCUCAACAGCUGCCUUGAUCCAAUCAUCUAUUUCUUCCUUUCCAAUUCUUUUCGCCGGACUAUAAUGUAUGCCGUUCAUGGAAAGUUCAACAAGAAUUUUCCCAAAACCAACGGAACGAUGAACAGUUUUAAAUCCAUCACAGAGAUCUGAGAGUCAGAGCUGCAAACACCUGAGUAGAUGAUACAGAAGCAGAAAGUGUGGUCUUCAGGGUAGCAUAGUCACAGGAGUCUUCUUGCUCGAGGGUGAUGUAUCAGGAAAGGCUUGGCAUCGUUAAUUUCCUGCGGAUUUAAGCAGCCUUACCAGGUGGAGCACAAAUAGCCACUUAUGGAUUCAUCCUGUAACCAGACUGGCAAAUACAUAGGAUGCUUCAUUUAAAAACAUGAUCACAAUAAGGAAAAUCCAGUUACUAUGGGACGAGGGCAGCUACAGUUAUGUGGAGUCUGAUGAAUGCUGGAACUCCUGGAAAUAGAAAUAUCAAUGCAGGAAACCUUUGAUGUAAUCAUACACGUAUUUCCACUGUGGCUUUAUCACAACAGAAACUUAGUGUUUUUGCAAAGAUGCAAGACCUACAUUAUAUCCAAUUUAUGGCCCUGGUAAAAGGGCACGAGGAAUGCUCACUGUCAUUUCACAUGCUUAUAACAUGGCAUCGUUUUAAAGUGCAAUAAGGUAUAUUCCUCCUUGCAUAGCCUCAAGGUCAGUUGUUGCAAACCUUCAGCUUUCAACUUCUCCUUUCCAAGCUAUGUGGACACCAGGACGUGUGGACUAUCUGGAGAGAAGCAGAAGAAACUUCGCAAAGUUUUUCACUCGCCUCCCAGAGCACAAGUUUUAUGGAAAAGCAAAUUCCACGGGGACAUUUCUUAAAGAGAAUAAUUAUUGUUUUAAUGAGAACCCACCUUAUCUGCACUAAAGACACCUUUUGUCCUGCUGGAUGAAAUAGAAAUGAACCACAGGGAAGAGAACAAUAGGCUGUGAAUUCAUUUUCUAGUGCAAUAAGCAAAAUGGAGUAGUCAAUACAUGAACUGACUAAAUAUAUUGUGGCUUAAAGCAGUCUUAUUUUAUUAAUAAUUGUCUUUAAAUGGAGCUAAACUUAAACCAUUAAAGUUAU